AUGCAUCCCAAAAAUCCCGAAGCCGCCAGUCCAAAAUCUGCUCCACAUCAGGAGCAGUAUCCCGAAGGGCAAUGGACGACUGGUCUCUAUGAUUGUUGCGACGAUCCCUCUAAUUGCUUAACCACCUGUUUCUGUCCAUGCAUCACCUUCGGCCGGAUAGCUGAGAUAAUUGAUAGAGGGGAUAGAUCACGUGGACUCUCGUGCCUCGUCUACUAUGCUAUGAACUCCAUCCAUUGUGCAUGGCUCUACGGUGGCCUGUACCGAACCAAACUACGACAAGUCUUUUCACUUCCUGAGACUCCAUGCGGAGAUAAUUUGGUUCAUUGCUGCUGCUGCCUCUGCUCCCUCUCUCAGGAGUACAGAGAGCUCAAGAACCGAGGGGUAGAUCCCUCCAUAGGUUGGCAAGCUAAUGUUGAGAAGUGGAAACGGGGUGGACUCAAACCACCAAUUUCCCCACCAGGAAUGAACCGUUGA